AUGUACCACGUUGCAGCUCAACAUAUAGCCAAACUGCUCGGCAGAACACGGGAAAACUAUAAACGUGAGCAUCCCCAUGACCACGUCUUCUCGGACUGGGAGGGACCCCGAGAGAACAAAUCUCAAUAUAUUGGUGGCCAUCAUCUCGUCCAUGAAUAUAUCGGUGGUGACCUGGCCAUAUUGAAGAUAUCUUUUAAAGGCCCCAGCGAAUACGUCGGCGCGAACCGGAAGGAGUUCCAACGAGCAGGUUAUGGCACAGCCAUUUGUGGAAGAGUCGGCAUAUGGGACGAUAGCACCGGAAAUGUCCUUUACACCGGGCAUCUGAUCCAUCUGGUCAAGAACGAGCCAGAUGGUUGUCGGAUGAGAUCAAGAUUCUGGUUGGGAGACAUUGAGGGAGUGCCUGUUGAAAUGGGGGACGGGGCACCUCACUGGCCGGGAGCGGGCUUCAUGAAGCACUGCACAGAGGAGAUGGCAAUACUGGCUUCAAAAUUGCCUGGAUUGUAUCAGAAGCAUCGCAAAUGGCUGGACAGAGUCUGA